AUGGACUUCCUUGGAAUCUGUGGGAUCCUCCUGGCGAUUGUGACCGGCUUCGUGGUUUGGAUUUGGAUUCAAUCCUAUCUGGGUUUUGUGAAGCCCAUUCCUGGCCGGAGGAAACUGCUGGUGACGGCUCAUCCCGAUGACGAAUCGAUGUUUUUCGCCCCAUUCAUCGCGUGGGAGACGUCGAGGGGCUCUAUCGUUCAUUUGAUCUGCUUGUCCGACGGGAAUUUCGACGGUCAAGGUUCGCUGAGGAGGGGGGAGCUCACGGCAGCGUGUCAUGAGCUCGGCUUGCCUCAGGAGUUUUUGCAUCUAAUCGACUCACCGCACUUCAGAGAUGACCCCAAAGCCUCGUGGGAGCCGGAAGAGAUCCUGCGCAUCAUUGUGAAAUACUGCGGAGAGCAUGAGAUCGACGCAGUGGUUUCUUUUGAUUCACACGGAGUGAGUGGACAUAGGAAUCACACUUCGAUCUUCCAUGCACUGGCGACUCUUUCGAGGAACCCGUCCUUCCGGCCUUGCAUCUAUACAUUGGAAUCGGUUUCUAUUCUGAGAAAAUACUUUCUGUUGUUCGAUACCCUGUGUACGAUGCUCUGGGAGCCUGAAUACGUAUACAGUCUGGGUUCGGACCUGAAUUCGAGACCCCAGCAAGCGAUGUUGAGACACCGUUCUCAACUGUUGUGGUUCCGCCACCUCUACAUGUGGACGUCGAAGUACAUGACAAUAAACACACUGAGGAAGAUCUCAUUUCGCGGGUCGAGAUAA